AACAAUGAUAGUAAAAGACGAGCCCAAUAAACUCGGAAAUCGGAAAAUGCCGCCACCGUAAAACUCAACUCAUCGCACCACCACCACCGUUUUUCUUCUUCUGCAACCGUCAUCACUUCGAUAUUACCAUCCGCGAGAGCACUUUCGUGUGCUCCGCUCCGAAUGUCAUCCAAGUUUACUCUCCUCUUUCUCUUCUUCAGAAUCAAAACCCGCCACCACCGCCAUUCCCUCACUCAACACUCUCACUCUCUCUUUUCCACUUCUUCAUCAUCAACAUUUCAACCUAAUUCCUCUUAUUACCUAACUCAAUUCCUCCCUCUUCCUCAUCGAACCACCAAUUUCAAUCCACUCACAUUCAUCACUCCAAGAGAACGCCGAAUCAUAGCUCUCGGAUUAUCCACCAUCAUCAAAAACAACCAAACUUUCAUCUUAAAAUCAUUCUCUCUUCGUUUCUGUCCUUUCAUUCUCGUCAAUAUUAUGAACCUUCUUCAAACCCGCGACGCCGCUUUCGCAUUCUUCAAACUAGCAUUUGGAGAUUCCGAUACUGAUGAAUUUGUUCGUUCUUGUUGUAUUUCAGCUCAUGUUUUAGCAGCUCAGAAUCUUCAAAUUCUUGCACAAGACCUAAUUUCGUGGGUUUUUGGUAGGAUUGGGGCUGUUAGGAGUAAAGAAAUUGUGGAGAUUAUGUGGAGGGAUCAUUCUCAAUAUGAAUCUGAUUUUUCUGUUUUGAAUACGUUAAUGAGGGGUUUUUUGAAUGUAGGUAUGAGUUUAGAAGCGUUGGAGGUUUUGCAUAGAAUGAGAGAUGUUGGUGUUAGGCCUAGUUUAACUGCAAUGACUAUUCUUUUUAAGUUGUUGUUUAGGAUUGGUGAUUAUGGUAGUGUGUGGAGGUUGUUUAAAGAUUUGAUUCGAAAAGGGCCGAUUCCUAAUAAUAUUACGUUUAAUGCGAUGAUUUGUGGGUUUUGUAGACAGGGGAAGGUUGUUAUAGGGGAGAGUUUGUUUUAUUUGAUGUAUAAGUUUGGGUGUGAUCCUGAUGUUUUUACGUAUAAUGUUCUUAUUAAUGCUUGUUGUGUUGGGGGGAAGACUUCGGAUGCGGUUGCUUGGUAUCAUUCGAUGAAUGUAAGAGGCUGUGAGCCGAGUAUUGCCACGUUUAAUACCAUUUUGCAUGCACUUUGUAGGGAAGGAAAGGUGGCGGAGGCGAGGAACUGGUUUGAUAGAGUUUUAGCUAUGGGGAUCACUCCAAAUACUGCAGUAUAUAACACCAUGAUGGAUGGAUAUGUGAAGGCAAGGGAGAUUGGUAAAGCUAGCUCGCUUUAUGAAGAAAUGAGGAUUAAAGGGGUUCCUCCAGAUUGUGUGACUUUCAACGUUUUUGUUGGAGGGCAUUAUAAAUAUGGGAGAAAAGAGGAUUUGAAUAAGAGGUUACAUGGUUUAAUAGUAACGGGGUUUUUUCAGGAUUAUGAUGUGGCGGUAUCAUGGCUGUGUUGGGCUGGUAGAAUUGACGAGGCCAUGAAAUUAUUGAAGGAUUCGCUUGAAAAAGGAAUAACUUUUAGUGUGUGUGCCUUUAACUCAUUAAUUGCAGCCUAUAGCAGGGAAGGUUUAGAAGACAAAGCUUUUGAUGCCUAUCAUAUUAUGGUUAAGUGUGGCUACACUCCUUCGUCAUCCACAUGUAAUUCUCUGCUUAUGGGUUUGUGUAAGAAAGGGAGGCUGCAACAAGCCAGGAAUCUUUUGUAUAGGAUGUCAGAGAAGGGGUUUCUUAUAAAAAAAGUGGCUUACACACUUCUUUUUGAUGGAUAUUUCAAGAUGAAUGAUAUGGAUGGGGUUCAUUUUAUGUGGAAGGAAAUGAAAGAAAAAGGUAUAUAUCCAGAUGUUGUUGCAUUUACAGCCUUAAUAGAUGGACUUUCAAAGCAAGGUAACGUUGAUGCGGCAUAUGAAGUGUUCUCGGAUAUGCUAGCUAUAGGUUUUGUUCCUAAUCAUUUUUCUUAUAAUUCUUUAAUUGGCGGGUUUUGCAACUGUGGGAGGAUGACUGAAGCAUUACAGGUGAAGAACGAGAUGAGGCUAAGAGGCAUUCUUCCUGACACCUUUACCUUCAAUAUCAUCAUUAAUGGAUUUUGUAGACAAAGAAACAUGAAAUCUGCAAUUGAUGCAUUGCUUGAUAUGCAGCGGGUUGGUUUGAUGCCUGAUAUAUUCACAUUUAACAUAUUAGUUGGUGGAUAUUGUAAGGCAUUUGACAUGGUUGGUGCAGAUGAUAUUGUUAAUAAAAUGUACACACACGGGCUUGACCCAGAUAUCACAACCUAUAAUAUACGCAUGCAUGGAUACUGCAGUGUUCGAAAAAUGAAUCGAGCAAUUGUCAUUUUGAAUGAGCUUGUCUCUGCUGGUAUUGUUCCAAACACGGUGACAUACAACACUAUGAUGGGUGGUAUUUGUAGUGAUAUUUUGGAUCGUGCUAUGAUUCUUACUGCAAAACUAAUUAAGAUGGGUUUUAUUCCAAAUGUGAUUACAACCAAUAUAUUGCUGUCUCACUUUUGCAAACAAGGAAUGCCCGAGAGGGCCUUACUAUGGGGCCAAAAGUUAAGAAAUAUUUGCUUUGAUUUUGAUGAAAUCUCCGAUAUAAUACUGGACAGAGCUAACCAUUUGAUGCAGAAUGAGGUUGAACUUGUGAGAGGAAUGAGAGGAACAUAUGAAAAGAGUCUUUUUUUGGAUUUCUUAAUGUACAUUACAUUUGACCAUUUUUCAAGAAAUAGACCUCAUAACAUAGAGAAUGAGAAUGGUUUAAAGCUGAUUGAAAGUCAAUAUGUUGCUUUAUGAAUUUGAUUGUUUCCCCUUUUCAUUAUCCCGGACAUUUUCCAAGAUUUUAUGUAAUCAUGAAAUCAAUAAGUAGCACUCAUUUGCUACCUGCACAUUGCGGCAAACAAGUGGUUACAAAAUAUGUGGCAGUGGAACAAACCGUAAGAAACCAAGGAAAUAUUGGUUAUCUUUUCUAUGGUGAAUAUCAUUAGAUAUUGCUACUACCAGUCUGGAGUGCAUUUAUCUUUAUUUCUUCAUGAAGGAUAAUAGCAGCUAUCCUUUUAGAGGGCUGUUGUGGAAGCAUAGUUUGCUUCUGAGAUUUUGAGGCCUACGGACCAUUAUCAGUCUGAAGUGUGGUUGAAUGUGCUGAAGUUCAGGCAAUGAAGAAUUUUUUUUGCAGUUAGUUGUGGUUGCUUUCAUUUGGGAAAAAGACCAAAUCCCCUAGAAGCUUAAGCUAUAAAAGUAAUGAAAGUAUAUGCACACAAGUCAUGGAAUUGUGUCAUACACAGAAAUAUUUCAGCAAAUGCUAAUUGCUCCUUCGCAGCCAUACACACAUUGGUGAGUUGGAGAAGGUACCCAAGUUCAUUCCAAAACUACGUAGAUGUAGACAAGAUUGGUGCUGCAGGAAUACUUCAGGUAAGUUCUUUAAUAUGCUUGCCGACUUAAUUUACUAUUCUACUAUUCUUUUUUCACGUCACUGAUCAUGGAAGAGCAAUCACAUUAUUUGCAAACUUAUUGAAAACAUAAUAAAAAUAUCUUUGUUAGAUCUGCUUGUUGACUUAAUUUACUAUUCUACUCUUGAGAAAUUCUUGCAUAGGAACAGAUGCAACAUAUCAGUUUUAGGAACAACUAAUCAAAAGAUGACACAUUAUUAAAAAUUAAAAAGGGAAGUAAAUAAAAUAAAAAUAUUACAAAUCGACAAGUCUUUUUUCCUUCUCUUUCUCCUUCAAUGUUGCUCCACUGCCAUAAAAGUACAGUAAGUCAAUUACUAAUUACUAACACAACACAUUUAGAAGCUUCGUUCUUCUUCUACAGUAUUAUUUCUUUGGUUUAUUUGUUUUAAACAUGUUUGUAAUAACAAUUAAGCACUCAGUCACCAACUCUUGAACCAUCAUCUUCUACCUCGUGUGAAAUCUUCCUUAACUCCUUCAAUCUGUGAUUGACCAAACCAUCUACCUGUGUGACGACUUUGCGAUAAUCUGACUUCUAUGUACAUGUUUUACUCGCAAAGGAAGAUUUCUCCGAAGGUACCGACUUUGGCUAUGAAAACAAAUUGGGUUAUUCUCUGCUGAUGACGCCACGGAGGAAUUGUGACUAAUCAAGCUGAUUCGGACGAAGGACAGUCAGUCGCCGGCGUGGAGUAGCAGUUGCUCAAAAAUGACGGAAGGAGAAUGGUUUCUUCUUUCUUUAUUCUAAUUUUCUUGAGUAGUUUGGUUUUUAAAUUAAAUGAAGUGUCAUGUUUGUGACUAAAUAUGACGUGUUAGGUACGUAUCUAUACAAGAAAUUCUCUCUACUCUUAUACUUUCGGGUAGUGAGUCCUCUUGGUUCAAGUAUUGGUUUCUCUUUCAGGCAUCAGUUUUUGCUGCUUCUUUUAUAUUGCUCUAUCAUGAUAGAGCAAUAUAAAAGAUUACUUAUGAUUUCAUCAAUGAUUAUGAUAUCAAAACAUAUUAAAACUACAAACCGUUCCCAAGUGAUGAUAGGGGGUAAGUAUUCUCAAAAAGGAAAUAAAAUGGUCUUAAAAAAUUGUUAAUCCAUAUUAAAACUGCAUACCGUCAGUCAUAGAAAUCACGCAUAUUAGGUUCAGGUUACAUCAUUUCCUGCACAAAGGAUAUUUUUGUCAUCUAAAAAUUUAACUUACAUGCUACACCCCAAUCAAAACAUCAUUCAAUUUGAGGUUUCCAAAAUAGAAAAUCCAUCAUCUUCUACCUUAGCCUUUCAACUCCAUUAUCUGCAUGUCAAUAUCACUUUGCUUCAGUUUCCACUUUUUGCAUGAACCAACCCUAUUUGUCAAACAAUCCGUUAACUCUUACCUCUAAAGAUGGCUCUCCUGCCUCAGCUUCUUACUCGUACCUCUGAGUCUGCCUCUUCCUCUUUCUCUGCAGUAGCUCACAAACCUCCAUCCUGGUCAACCAUUUCAAGCGCAGAACAUGUUUAUUUGUAAGGUUUUUCUGAUUCUUUGCAAAUCUAUAUCCAUAUAGAAAUAUGUUUCUGAUGUUCUUAGUUCUUACUUUUGAAUAUUGAAACUUAGGCAUUCUUUGAUCAGCCAUAUCUUUGAACAUGUCUCCCCUGCUCAUUGUGCUAAAUUUCCUUCAAUGCUUUGUUGAAUCAAGAGAACCCAACCAUGUUACAAUACAACCUGGAGCCAAUGCCCUAGGAAUUAGCGGCCUCAGCCCUCAAGAAGCAUCAGGACAGUGGUGUUUUAGGAACUAGUUUGAAUUUUCAAGCUAUAGCAAGAGGCAAGCUAUCAAAUGGCAAAAGCAAUGGUCAUGACUCACGCCCAAAUGACGAAAGCUCUCUUAUGAAUAUUUCUCAGUAACUUGCAUGUAGACAUCUCCUAACGUAUGUUGAAAGCAAGAAUUCAGCAAUAAUGGUAGUUUUUGAAAUGGAUCAAUAGAGACGUUUUGAACUUUGUGGAGUAACCAAGAGCAUGAAUGCAUAAUUCAAGUGUCGUCAAUCCACUCGACAGUUUGCAGCUUUGUGUGAAAUUCAUUCGAGGGUUCAAUUGAAUCCAAUAAAGAAACUUUGGAAGAUUGAUUCUAGAAAAUGAGCUAACAAUUAUGCAAAUUAGAAUAAUAAUAUGGAAAGGAUGUCAAGUGGUGGAGAUUUGUUUUUUUCAAUUCAUCUACAAUGUCCUUCUCCAGUUGCGCCAGAACAACUUAGGGUUGAAUUGAUCUCAGAAGAUGAGGCCAUGAUGCAGUAAACAUCCAGAGGCGCGGUGACGGACAUGGCAGGUAAUGAAAUGUGACAGGAAAAUCCUGAAAUGCAUUGUCAUCCCAAAAUUUGAGAAAUCAAACUACAAAAGCAAAAUUGAAAGAUAAAGUAGUUUCAUUAGAAUUAGAAGGUUGGUCCAUGAAAAUAUAAUUGACAAUGACAUAAAUACUGUGAUAUAAAAAUCUUUAAAUUAACUAAUUUGCAUGAUAUGCAUACACAUAAAAAAAAAAAAACUUGGAAUCUUUCGGUCCAAAUUAUGUAGUGCUUAUUUUUUACAAGUAUAGUAGUACUUAGAACUUGGCAAAACAAGACAAUUAGUUCCUACUAGAAUUAGUUGUUUAUAUAUAGUUCCUACUAGAAUUCUAUUGUUGCAGAAAUAAUCAUUGAGGACAAACAUAUUUUAUAUACAAUAUUCUGCACGAGGAUACAGGAAAGUUGUGACCAGUAGGCCAUUGCAACAAGUUGCUACCACCAUAACCAUCCACAUGUUAGUGGUCUUAAAGCUGCCAUAGUUUU